AUGCUUGCCCUGUCUUACGCCGUGCAGAUGUCUUCACGGGCUCAAGCACGGAGACACCGGGUUAUACAACGUCGAACUGACCUCGCAUUUCUCGACGAAUGGAACAGCACCAGCAACAGUGAGAUCAAUGGUGCGAAUGGGCAUUCGUAUAGCUCAAGGCCUUUGACAAAAAGGUCAACAGGUGGAGAAGGCUGGACAGACUUAUCACAGCCGGAACCACGGUCAAGAAGCCAGCAAAAGCUUCGCGAUGCGUCUUUGCAUGACCACUUUAUCCUAGCCGGAGCACUGUUCCUCACAGAUGUCGUGGGAGGCUAUGUUUGCUGGAAAAUCAUACCAUGGAUAGUAUUUCUUGUUGCUAGAUUCCCGUUCAUCUCCGUGCUUCUGAUAGCGAUAUGGGUUCUUCGGCGUAUGAAGGCGGUGACGCCUAUUAUGAGGGAUGAUAGCGUCAGCUCCGAGCUGCACAACGGGGAGCAGGCUCUCAGCCAUCUGGCCAUGUCCAUCUCCUCAUCCAGGUUAAUCCUCGUCCUCCUCAUGAACGCAUGUAUCGGCUAUGUUGUCUUGAAAAAUUCCACGUUGACUCUCGGGUUGGGGAAUAUCACUGGUCUAAUGGGUAGAAGCCUCCCGGCGAUAAUCGAUUAUCCACGCACUGCCAUUGGGUUGCUUGCUGUCAUUGCCGCUGCAGUCACUAACCCUGGGAUAUUCACUGUACAAGAAAACCGGGAAAAUGAGCCAGAAUAUCUAAACCGCCCAGGUGAUAUUUAUGACGACGAAACCUCUGAACUCGAUAGCUCGGACGAAUACAACGACAACGACAUCUAUUCGCUCAAUGGCCCAUAUGGCAACACCAGAUAUCUGCCUCCAACACCACCCAGAGGUCUUCGCCACGCCCAGGCCCCUAGACCUAGACCAACCGCUCCCCUGGCCCCCAGAUCCCCACGUCCCUCUGGAGGUCCUACAGCCACACCUUCAGGACCACGCCUGAGAAGACCCCGCCACAUCCCUUUCCGAGUCCACACGCCGUUCUCCCUCCUCCAACCCUCCACCUGGCGCCCCAAAGAUGACUGGACCCACUGCCCCCCGUCCUACAUCCCCGUCCGCCACUCCACCUGGCUCUGUCUCCGCCAAACCCAAUCACGCUUCUGGGCCGCGCGCCGUGCCGACCUCGCAUGCAUUGCACUGUGGAUGUGGGAGUGCAUCAAAUUCCAGCGCAACGUCAUCACCGCCUUAUUUGUCAUCGACCUCGUGACGGCCGCGAGUUGGGGCCAGCCAAUGCAGUAUCGCUGGUUCCCCCGCAACGCGAGGCAGAUUCGUGGGCUGGUUUGGCUGGAUAGGGAGGUCCCUGGGCAUGCGUUUGUUUUGGAUGUUUUUGAAUUUUGGAAGGGGUGGGUGGUUGGGCUGGGAAAGGUCUUCCUUUGGAAGUUGCCGAAGUGGGUUUUGGGGGGUUUGGUGAGCUGGCUGGUGCCGACGGUGGCGAGUGUGAGGGAGGAGGAGGUGCAGGAGAAGAAUUGGACGCGGACGAAGAAGGGGUAA